UGUGCACAGCUGACAGUCGCGAGAGCGAGGGAGCCUCAAGGAUGGCGGCGUCCGCGGCGCUCAUCCUGCCCGAGAGCCCCAGCAUGAAGAAAGCAGUGCCGCUGAUAAAUGCAAUAGACAUGGGGAGAUUCCCACGACUUCUUAGCCGAAUUCUUCAGAAGCUUCACUUAAAGGCCGAGAGCAGUUUCAGUGAAGAAGAGGAAGAAAAACUUCAGGCUGCCUUCUCCCUAGAGAAACAAGAACUUCACCUGGUUCUGGAAACAAUAGCAUUUGUUUUGGAACAGGCAGUGUAUCACAAUGUGAAGCCAGCAGCGCUGCAGCAGCAGCUGGAGAUGAUUCAUCUCACACAGGACAAAGCAGAAGCAUUCGCCAACGCUUGGUCAGCCAUGGGUCAAGAAACAGUUGAGAAGUUCAGGCAGAGGAUCCUGGGCCCUCACAAGCUAGAGACAGUGGGAUGGCAGCUUAACCUGCAAAUGGCUCACUCUGCUCAAGCAAAGCUGCAGUCUCCUCAGGCCCUGCUGCAGCUGGGGGUAAGCAAGGAAGACUCCAAGGACCUUGAGAAGGUUUUAGUGGAAUUCAAUCAUAAGGAGUUGUUCGAGUUCUACAACAAGCUGGAGACCAUACAAGCUCAGCUGGAUUCCCUUACAUGAUGUUCUUGACGACUGCUUUGCCAUCGCAUUCCCGCCACCUCAUUCUAACGCAAUGAAGACUGAGCAUAUUUUCUAGAGGACUCAGUGACUUUAUUCCUACAGAUAAUAUAGCUUAUCACUUCUUAGACAAGUACCAGUAAAGCAAGAUCAUAAUGAGAGUACUGGGGUUUCUAAUACACCUUCCCUCCUCAUAUGAGCCCAGAGCAAUUGUUGAGAAAACUCUGUAAAGAAAAGUAAAUGCCAUAUUGUUUUUUCUGUCAGAUCACUGCUUCAUCGCUUCCCCUCAAUCUUGUUUUCAUGGAUCAGUAGGCAGAAGGUAUGAUGUGUGCCUUAGCAGAAUAUGGAACCUUAGUAAUUAUAUUGAUUAAUUAGGGAAGCAACCACAGGCCAUAAAUGUUUUAGCAUUUGUCCUACAACUCUAUUUUGCUUGGGGUAUAAUACAGGAAAGAAAUCUAAAAUGGUGCCAGUUCGGUUAUGAGUUAAUCACAAUGUGAUCCUCUUGCUCUACCCACUUGAAUAUUUCUGAUUUUAAUGAUUUAAUAAUCAUCUCUGUAUAUAUAUAUGCUUCUGCAAAUUAAUAACAGUGGAUGUCACAGUGUGGGGACAGAUUCAGAUCAUGAAUGAAAGCCAGCAAUGAGUAUGACGUGUGAAUCUAACAUUUUAAAUCAGAAACUUUUUGCCUUCUCCUGUGAAUAUGUCUAUUUGGUUUCAGUCAAUAAAAGUUUUCUACUUUAGCAUUAUUUAAA